CAAAGAAGUCUGCGAGAUAUCAAGAUGGUCCAAGUUAUUACGCCUGGGAUUCUCGAACAGUUUGUCAAUCCGACUGCGAGGCAGUCGGACUUGAAGUUCGAACCAUCGCAGGAAGAGUUCUGUAUCUUUAUGUUCGGUCGUGGAAGCUUUGAGGACUUUCAACUGAAAGGAUACGAUGUAAUCGGAAAAGCUGUGGCUUUGCUGGAAAGAAAAUUCGAGCUCACAUUUGUCGGUGCAGCAGAAGAUGAACAACGGAGGGUAGAAAAGUGGUUCCUGGAGGAAACGAAAAUAUCACGUGAGCAGUUAACCGUUCGUGGAUUCUGCAGUUAUGAGGAAAUGAAGAGGAUGUUACAGGAAGCGGACUUAGUCGUCAUGCCAUCCCGCACAGAGGGCUUUGGUUUGGUUUCCCUGGAGUCAAUAUCAGCUGGUGUGCCUGUACUUGUCUCGAGUGAAAGUGGAGUAGCCAAAGCUCUUCAAGACGUGGAAGGUGGGAUGUCUACAGUUGUCAAGUCACAUGCACCAGAAGAGUGGGCCAAUAGGAUACGUCGGUUGUCUGAGCAGAAACCAGGAAGCAGACAUUCCGCUGCCUUGCAGCUUAGAGAGCAAUAUAACCUGAAGUAUUCUUGGCAAGGGGAAUGUAAGAAGUUUGAGAAGAUGAUUCUACACUUGGUGAAAGGGACUCAACCUGAUGUUCCCCUAAGUUGUCAUUUGACAGGGAACACUACCACAGAGGAUGUUCCAAAGGCAGUUUUCACAAUGGAUGGCAAGGAGGUUCCCAAAAGUGAAUAUUUACCAAGGCCAAUUAAUGCAGAACAAAAAAAGAGAAGCAAGAAGGAAGUACAAGCAGUAAUUGAUGCAGGCUGUUCACCUAAACCUGCAGUACACACAAAUGGAAGAGUUCAAGGAGUGCAAAUAGAAAUUGUAGGCACUUCAAAUAAAACAGGAGAACAGACAUUCAAAGGAAGCAAGCAAGAAAGGAAAUUAUCAGAUUUUAAAAGAGUUUGGAACAAGAAGCAAGCAAAGUGAAAGCAUUAAUGAUAGUGAUGAUGGGAUUGUUGACACACAGAGAUACCAGCUUGAAGAUUUUAGCAUAAGGAGUGCAGUUGUUUCAUCAACUGACUUGGGAUGCAAAAACCCCUUUUCAUCGAUGACAUCAGAUUACUCAACAACUUCAAACCUUCCACCAACCACAGUCGUUAAUUCAAGGGAAGAGAGUUUUGUUGGUGGAAUUACGGAAAUAGUUUCGUACUCAAGUAAGCGUAACAGAGAACUGCAAGAGGAGAGAUUUUGUGGUAGUAAUAACCCAGAUAGCAGAGGUACAUGCACUGAAGAGGGUGCAACUCUCUUACAGAGACCUAAACUAUUAAGGUUUGUGUCUUGGCCAUCAGAUCCACCUCUUAAGGAUACAGAUCUGUUAGAGCGUAACCAGGCUGUAAAGAGCUAUAAGCGGUCAAAAUCUCAUGAGCCAAAAAGUAAAUCAAAGGACCUAAAGAAAUCUCCUUGGAAAAGGGUAGCCAAUUUUCUCUCUAGAAAGGGACACAAGAGGUCAUGUGAUCCAUUUAACAGUGAGGAAAACUCUAGUGAAUCAAGUUUAGACAGGUCUAUGGUGAUAUCAUCCACUGGAUCUGACUCCCACGAUGAACCUGAACAAAAUUCAACUGAAAAUCUGUCUCCCUUCAAAGGAAAAGGUACACAGAGGUUGUCCAUUUCAGGGUGUGUGUACUCAGGAGAAUCUGUAGCUUCCCCAACAGCUGCUUUGAAGAGACGCAUAAGAUCAUAUGAACCAUCUAACUGUGAGGGAAACCCUGGUGAAUCAAGUUUGGACAAGUCUGUGGUGAUAUCAUCCACUGGAUCUGACUGUCACGAUGAAUCUGAGCAAACUUCAACUGAAAAUCUGUCUCCCUUCAAAGAAAACGAUGCACAGAGGUUGUCUAUUUCAGCCAGUGUAAGCUCAGGAGAAUCUGUAGCUUCCCCAAAAGCAGCUGGGUAUCAGUCAAGGUACAGGUUAUUGCCAGGAGUUAUGAAACUUUGGCUUUUUAAUUGUGCUCUAGGGUGAGCACUUUUCAUGUCCUGCGUUUGGUUUGUGAAUAUGAAUAGAAAAUUUACCUCGUGAGAAGAAAAUGGAAAGGCAAAAGACUCUGAAACUUGAUCUAGAGUUAUCUAACUAGUAAAACAUUUAUAUGAAAAUUACAAAGAUAUACCUUUCACUCAACAUAAUGAUUCAAUCUUAAAUGUCAGUGAUGUAAUGAAUCUGUGAUAAAUCUCUCGCAGUCAUGCAUAGGAAUGUCCAAAUUGAAGUCUCGUAGCUUAACCUUGUAACACCAGCUAACACUAUCCAUUUCUUUUAUAUGAUCCAGCUGCCGCAAGCUCAGGGAUAACGAUCUCCAUCAUUCACUGCUCUCACAUGGAAGAAAGAGCUUUUGAAGAUGAGGUUUUGAAACUGUUCUAUCAUUUUAGUGAAAACUUGGCAUACAAGUGCCACCUGGACAAGCUUGAGAUGGUCAAAGUAGCUGAAAAUAAGCUUCGUUGGCCUAUGCAAAGUGUCCAUCGGAGUGAUUUUCUUUUCAUCUGUGUUUCUCCAGAACUGAAAAGAAUUUUUGAUUUGCCUCCCAAGGAGAUCAGUACUAGUCUUGAAGGUUACUUGUAGCUUUUUGAUUACUGUGUUUUGAAUUUCAUAUUGAAUGAUUCAAAACUGCAAUGUUCAUUUCCUUGUUUUGUAAAAAAGUGUUGUAAGAGGCGUCCUUUACCUUCAAAAUUGUAACAUGAAUUAGCUGAAUGUUGGGUGUUUUAAAGAACAACUUGUUGUCCACACAACAGUAUGCAGUUACAUGCAUGCAGUACAAUACAAUUUUCUGACUUUGAUC